AUGCGCACCGGGCACUUCUGGCCCCAGGAGGCACCAGGCGCCAAGGAGUAUCGGAUGACCCCCACCCCCGCCCUGCCACUGCUGGACGAGGAUGUGAGGGGCAAAGGAAAGAUUAAUGUUAUCCUAGUGGGCGAUCUCUCUGAAAAUCAAAAGAAUGAAAUUGUUGACGAACACAAUGACAUCAGGAGAAAGGUGGAGCCAACUGCCAGCAAUAUGCUGAAAAUGAUAUGGAGUGAGCAAGCUUACAAGAGCGCUAAAAAUUGGGCAACAAAAUGUGAAGUUAGGAUUGCUCCCCCUGAGCAGCGAACUGUGAAUGGAAGCCUCUGUGGUGGAAAUAUAAUGCAAUCAAAUUAUAUCAGCUCCUGGUCAGAUGCUAUCAAGCUAUGGUUUAGAAGAGUGACUAACUUCCGGUAUGGCCUUGGGGCAGUGGACAUAAGGAAAGACAUUUAUAGCUAUACUCAGCUCAUUUGGUAUAAAUCAUAUCAGGUUGGAUGUGCAAUUUCCUACUGCCCACACAAGACGUUCCAGUAUCUCUAUGUCUGCCAUUACUGUCCUGCAGGGAACUUAGUAGAAGAAGCAGCAAGACCUUACAAAGAAGGCCCACCAUGUGGAGACUGCCCUGAGCACUGCGAGGAUAAACUCUGCACCAACCCAUGCAAGUAUAAGGAUAAGGAAAAGUACUGCAAAAUGAAAAUGCAACUGUUCAAGUGUAAAAGUAAUUGGAUGGAUCGCGAAUGCCAAGCUACCUGUAGAUGCAAAACAGAAAUUAAAUAAUAUGUGCACAUGCAUCACAACAUUGCUUUUGAGAUAAUUGUUCUUAAUGGAUGAACAUUCAUCAUUUAAAAGGAACCUUCCAAAUUGGUCUUUAAAACUGAUCAAAAUUUAGCAUUUGAAAUCACUGGUAUAAAAACAGCAUUUCUAAAAGUAAAUAUCCCCCCAUCCCAAGUAAAUUGCAAAGAAAGGGAAAUAAAUUUAUCAAUAUUUGUGCCUACUUUUGUGCCUACUCCCUUUCUUUAUUGUUCUGCUUUAGAAAGUGUUUUGAACAUUUCAAAGCUAGACAUUGAAAUACUGCAAAAUGUCGAGCUUUUUCUCCCUCUCCCAAAUUGUAACUUUGCCUUAGUUUACAGUUCUGAGCAAAAUGCUGUUGAAGGUGUAUUCUGUGCUAUACAUUAAUCCUGAAUGUUUUUCAGUAUGCUAGACAUUUUCUAAUUGUGUCAGGCUGUAGUAAGCAACUGGUAUAUUCCUUUGUAGUUUCUAGCAUAGCAUUCUGAUUGAUAUUUUAAAAUUAGGAAUCAGCUGCAAUAAACUUGAAUGUACUGUUAAGACUUUGAUAUUUAGAUCAGUUUGUUUACUUUCAUUUUGAUGAACAAAAAGCUGUGGAUUAAUCUUGCAAAA